AUGGUCUUUGGGAUGUCCAGUCAAACAGAUGAACGCUGGCAGAUUUAUGGGAGUCAAGACGAUCUGUGUUCUCAUGGAUAUCAAGAGAUGUAUACUCUGGCUGGGAAUUCAUUUGGAAAACCAUGUCAGUUCCCCUUUAAGUUUAAUGACAAGUGGUUUGCCGAGUGUAUCGUGGAGGGAAGAUCAGACGGCCAACUGUGGUGUUCAACUGAGACAGAUUAUAACACGGACAAGAAAUGGGGCUUCUGUCCAACCAAAGGAUGGGACAGUGAUCCAGUCAGUGGUGUUUUGUAUCAGAGGAACACACAGUCAGUAUUGACGUGGCAUCAAGCUCGAACCAGCUGCCAACAGCAAGAUGCAGAUCUUCUCAGUAUAUCAGAACUCCACGAGCAGUCGUAUAUAGCAGGUCUGACAGAUCACAUGGGUUCAGUUCUAUGGAUCGGUCUGAACAGUCUUGACUUUGAGAGCGGCUGGCAAUGGAGUAAUGGAAACCCAUUCAGAUAUCUCAACUGGGCUCCUGGUCACCCGUCUCUGGAGCCGGGUCUGAACUGUGCUGCAUUAAACGCUGCUAAAGCCUCAAAGUGGGAAAGUUUGUCCUGCAGUAAGAAGUUGGGCUACAUCUGCCGCAAGGGCAAUUCAACAGAGAUCACACCUUCAACAGGUAAAGAUCAGCCGAUCUUCUGUCCAGCGGCGUGGGUGCCGUACGCCGGUCACUGUUAUUAUCUGCAGCGCUCUCAGAAGAUGUGGAGCGACGCUUUGGCAGCGUGUCAUAAAGAAGGAUCAGAUCUGGCCAGCAUACACAACAUCGAGGAGCACAGUUUCAUCAUAUCACAGAGUGGAUACUUGUCCAGUGAUGAGCUGUGGAUUGGUCUUAAUGAUCAGAACAUUCAGAAUCUGUUUGAGUGGUCAGAUAGAAAACACGUCAGCUUCACCAGAUGGAUUGUUGGAGAACCUUCACACAUCAACAGUCGCAUGGAGGAUUGUGUGCUUAUGAAGGGAAAGGAGGGAAAGUGGGCAGAUGAAGCGUGUGAAGCAGCUCAUGGUUACAUCUGUAAGAAGAAAGCUUCCAUUAAACCUGAAGGAUCCACACACAUGAUCAGUCCUGGAUGUCCUGCUGGUUGGUUCAGGUUUGGCUAUUACUGUUAUAAUGUUGCCAUGGAAACCAAAACUUUUGAUGAUGCCAAACUGACAUGUGAGCAGAGCGCAGCGAGUCUGGUGGAUGUUGCCAGCAGGUAUGAGAAUGCGUUUCUCAUCAGUCUGGUUGGUCUUCGGCCUGAGAAAUAUUUCUGGAUUGGUCUCUCUAAUACUCAACAGUUGGCGCUCUUCCAGUGGACUGAUGGUGUUAAAGUCAAGUUUACACACUUUAAUGUCGGCAUGCCAGCUAGGCACCAGGGUUGCGUGGCAAUGUUAACAGGAUCUUCAGCAGGAUUAUGGGAUGUUCUGGCCUGUAACACUAAACAGAAAUACUUCUGUAAGAAAAUGGCAGAAGGAAUCACUAUAACCCCAGAGCCUCCAACCACACAACCUCCCAGCUGCCCAAAAAACUGGAUUAAAAAAGAUCCACACAACUGCAUUCAGGUCUACAGACCGCAGAAGUACGAGAAGAAGACUUGGUUUGAGGCUCGUGAUUUCUGUCGAGCUCUUGGUGGUGAUUUAGCAAGCUUCCACUCAGAUAAAGAAAUGGAUACAAUACUGCAUUUAAGGGGACGCCCGACAUGGAUCGGCUUCACUUCACUGGACAGUAAUUCUGGCUAUGUGUGGUCAGAUCAAACUCCUUCGGAUUACGAAAAUUGGGACUUCGGGGAGCCAAACAACCACAACAACGAAGAGAACUGUGCAGAAUAUGGCUAUAAGAGUAACAACAGGUGGAAUGAUCGAAAUUGUCAAGCUUCUAUUGACUGGACCUGUCAGAUUCCAAUAGGCAUCACUCCAAAAUCCCCACCGACGUCAGUAAUUCAAGAAUAUAAUAAGACAUCUGAUGGUUGGAUCGUGUUCAAUGGCAGUCAGUACUUUAUUAAUAAUGAUCUGCUCUCUAUGGAAGAAGCUCGAGCGUUCUGUAAGAAGAAUCACGCUGAUCUUGCUGUCAUCACUGAUCACAGCGAGAGAAUGUUUUUGUGGAAGCAGAUAGACCUGUCAAGGGAAUCAGAAAAUUACUACUACAUCGGGAUGUUUGUAGAGUUGGAUAAAUCAUUUAGCUGGAUGGAUGGAUCACCUGUUGUUUACACUGCCUGGUGUCACAAUCAACCCAGUUUUGGCAACAAUGAUGAGAACUGUGUGAGCAUUUACAAGGAAACGGGGCUCUGGCAUGAUAUCAGCUGUGGCAUGUCGUUACCCUCUGUCUGUAAAAGAAGUUCAGAUUUUGUCAACACCACAAUGUCUCCGUCUACUGUAGCGGCAGGCGGCUGUGCUCCUGGAUGGACGCGCUUUCUGGGAAAAUGUUAUCAUUUUUUUGAUAACAAGAUGUCGUGGCAUAAAGCACGAGAUUACUGCAUUUCACAUGGAGGUAAUCUGGUGUCCAUCCAGAGUCACAAAGAGCAAUUGUUUCUCACAACUCUAAUGCUCACUUCUGCUGAUGACGUGUGGACCGGAUUGAAUGACGUCAAUUGGGAGAUGAAGUUUGUGUGGACUGAUGGUAAAAGUGUCAGAUUCACAAACUGGAUGAAAGGUCAACCUGUGUCACAGCCCGAGUCAAGAGUCGUCUUUGAUGAAGAGGAAGAGAUGGCGAGAAUAUUUUUGCACCGUCACUUCAUACAUCAGAUUGAAAGUCAGAAAUAUGACUGUGUUGUCAUGGUUAGAAAUCCACAGAAGAUCACUGGUGUGUGGAAAGUUGAAGUGUGUGCGAAUGAGAGACGUUUCAUCUGCAAGAGGAACACAGACUCUCAGCUGUCUGCUCCCGUGACCACAGCAGUGCCGCAGAGAUUCUUCAGUCUGGGCACCGAUUCAUACAAGGUGCAGCAGGUGAAGAUGAGCUGGGAUGAAGCCAGAAGAGAGUGUAAAGCAGAUGAUGCUGAUCUUGCUAGUGUUCUGGACUCCAUCAGUCAGGCGUACAGCAGCCUCAGAGUCGACACCAUCAGAGAACCUUUGUGGAUCGGCCUCAACAGCAACCUGACAGGUGGACGGUAUCGCUGGGUGGAUAACUGGCUUCUAAGCUACAGUAAAUGGGCCGCAGGAGAACCCAGAAACAAUUUAGCUUGUGUUUAUAUCGACACGGAUGGCGACUGGAAAACCGCAGCGUGCAACAACACAUAUUAUUCCCUCUGCAAACGAUCAAAAGUUAUUGCCCCCACAGAUCCUCCUCAGCUGCCGGGUAACUGCCCUGAAUCAGAUCAGCACAUAGGUUGGAUCUCGUUUAGAGGACACUGCUAUACAUUCAUGACCUCUCAGAGAGAAAACUGGGAUGAUGCCAUAGUGGAAUGCAUGAGAAAAGGAGACCCGAUAGAAUCAAAGUUUAUCCGUCAGAAUCUGGAGAUCCUUCAAGAUGAAGUCGGCUCAUUCUGGAUCGGAAUGCACCGCAGUCAUACGGGUGAAUGGAUGUGGAUUGAUAGUUCGGUUGUGGAUUACACGAACUGGAAACCGCGGUUGCCAAAUAACGCCGGUGACUGUGUGGAAGUUCAGUCAAACACUGGAAUGUGGAGCAACAGCAACUGUAAUAAUCGCAGAGCUUAUAUCUGCAAGACUGCUAAAGUCAUACCACCAACAGAGAAGCCGACAGUGUCAGCAUUUACAGAGAAUGAUGUAGAAGAGACGUCUCACGGUUCGGCUGGCAUCGCUAUAGGGGUGGUGUUGAUCAUCAUCGCUGUCGCAGGUGUUGCUGGCGUUCUGUACUACAAGAGAAUUUGCAGACCUUUGAUUGGACAGAAUACUUUUGACAACAGACUCUAUAACAAUUCUGAUCUGUCAGAGCCUCUUGCCACUUUUCAUAGUAGUGGCAACAAUGAACAAAAUGACCACAAUUAACACAUCAAUACACACAUGACACUAACUUUGAAUGAAAUGCACACAAGCCGUAUUAAAACAUGUACAGUAGAUACACUGAGAAUACAGACCUGACAGCAGACACCUGUUCUGAUAUAAAUAAUAUGAUCUUUCAUAAUCAUUAAGAUAGUGGAAAGAUGAAUGUACUCAUAUUUACUGGAUUAAAAGAUGCUUUAAAAAUAUGUUGUUCGUUGUUACGUAAUGUUAGCAAAUACAUUAGGUAAAGAAUAAUUGAACAGACCAGUAACAAUUAUUCCGCUGAAA